CAGGUACGUGUACCUACAGUAUGUAGAUUCACAGAUUAGAGAUCAAAUAACAGAUAUUAUUUAAAUCAUUACCCAUACGUUAAAUAUGCACGUUUCGGUGGCUAAAUUGUGGCCUUUAUGGGAGUAUUGUUUUGUCAAUCACGACGACAUCGACAUUAUAAUGUAGGAAGCUGGUGCCAUACGAAACCUUGAUUAUAACGAAGUUUGCAUUCGGUUCCCAUCAGAUUAACGUGUUAUUUUCAAGUUCAAAUACUAUGAAAAAAUUACUGCAAUAUUUUUUACCAUUUUUCUUUCUAUUGAAAAAUGUUUUCUCUGCAAAAGAACCAGCAUACAUAUUAACUUUGGAUACGCUGCAAAGUUGCAAAGGGCCGAAUUCAAAAGAGUAUCUGAGCUUAGAUCACCUGACAAUAUUUCCGAAUCAUACAGCUCUGGGAUACAUGGAAAUAAUGGAAGAUAUUCCGAGCACUGCAACGAUUAAUUUUCAAGCAUUCUCUCAGAAUAACAAUGGAACUUGGAUAGAAAGUCCUCUUUCGGUCGAAAAUCUAGAUUUAUGUCGAUUUAUCGAGAAGGAUAUGUGGUUUGUACCCAUAGGCAGAUUGAUUUUGAAUAUACCGGAGCGUUGUCCAAUACGUAAGGGACGUUUACGUUUUAAAAGUGUUGUGAUUCAUAAACGAACCAAAGGAAUUGUACCAGCAGGUUGUCUCAGAGCCAAACUUAGGAUUGUGGAUAAAGAAAAACUAUUGUGUUGCUUAGAGACAGUGACCAAAAUUGUAGAGUAUUCAAGAAGAAACGAAUUUGUGUGUGCGCCGCUCUGAGAAUUCUAUCAAUACUACUGUAUCAUACCUACAUUGUUUAUUAUCUCAUAAUUAUUGUUGAACAAAUUAAACUGAUUUACCUACUGUC